GAAAAACAGAAAUCAAGGGGCUGGUUUUUCUAUUAACUUAUUUGAGCGACUGCCUCAAAGCGCCGAUGAUGGACUGUGCAAGUAGGAGUGGCUGAGGAGUUGGCAGCCUGCUUUGCAUGAAUCGUGGAUUCCCAGUCCGUGGCUGCCUUUUCGAUAUUUCCUGUGAGCCUCCCGAGCAGAGAUAGCCGAGGCGAGGGCGGAGGAGCCGAGGAGAGGGAUGGCAGAGAACAGCUCCGAGACAAGCGGCUCCGUUUACCGGAGAUGUGUGGCCCAAUCUCCGGCGGAGAGAAACAGUUCGGCUGGGGUCGGGGCAUCAAAAUGGAUACGACUAAAUGUCGGCGGGACCUAUUUUUUAACAACAAGACAGACGCUAUGCCGAGAUCCCAAAUCAUUUCUGUACAGACUGAGCCAAGCUGACCCGGAGCUCGACUCCGACAAGGACGAAACUGGUGCCUAUCUCAUCGACAGAGACCCCACGUACUUUGGGCCGGUGCUGAACUAUCUGAGGCAUGGCAAACUGGUGCUCAACAAGGACUUGGCAGAGGAAGGAGUGCUAGAGGAAGCUGAAUUCUAUAACAUCACAUCAUUAAUUAAACUUAUCAAAGACAAGAUCCGGGAUCGUGAUUGCAAAACAUCACAGGUCCCAGUAAAGCACGUGUAUCGAGUGCUGCAGUGCCAGGAGGAGGAGCUAACACAAAUGGUGUCGACCAUGUCCGAUGGCUGGAAGUUCGAACAGCUUGUCAGUAUAGGUUACGGGCGGGCCCACCAGUCAGAGUUUCUGCUGAUUGUGUCAAGGGAGGUGAAGGGAGAGGAGUCUGCUUUGCCAAGCAGCAGCGGAGAGCUGGUCAGCAUCGGCUCCUCGUACAACUACGGAAACGAAGACCAAGCCGAGUUCCUGUGUGUAGUCUCCAAGGAGCUGCACAAUCAAUCAUACGGGACCAACAGUGAGCCUAGUGAGAAGGCAAAGAUUCUUCAGGAAAGAGGUUCCCGGAUGUGAGAAGGACUCAGUAUUAGAAGCUCCAGGUGUUAUGAUGCAAACAUAUCAUCUUUGUGGAAGAACGUUUGGCACAAUGGAGAUUUGAAACGGGGGGUUCGGGUGUCUGUUUUAUUUUUUCCCUCCACUUUUGUUUUUAUUUCUUGAUGUAAAUAACUGUUUACUGACAAUUUGUGCCUGUACAUUUGAACUGGACCUUUUCCAAUUAGCGGCAAGUAGUUCCUUUAUUUUUUAUUUUUUGUUCUUCUUCCUAUCUGAAGAUAAGCAAUUGUAAUCGAUAACAUCAUAUACUAUAAAUGUGGCCGUUCUUGUUUAAGGCCAACGAUUCACUCAGGGUCAUCAGAUCAGUUAACAAUUUUUAUGGUUAAGCUCAAGAGUCUAAAGAAGGGAUCGGCGCCGACUUUGCAAUUCCUGAGUUUCAGACACAAAACUAUUGCUUAAGAGAUAUCAAGAAGGGAAGUGUGUCAAAGAGUUAAUAAUUCAACCACAUAAUUCAAUUUAUCAAUAUUUAUUAGAGGGAUCCAAACAAAAAGUACCUGUACAAGUAUUUUUAAUGAUUUUUUUUCUCCAUAAUUCUAAAAAAAUGUUCAAAUAUCAGUACAAACAAAGCUGAAUGACCAGGAUUUAGCUGUGAAAGACGAUAUAUUUCUGGGCUUUUAAAGCACAAAUGCUUUAGAAUUUACCCUUUCUACAAAAAGGGGUAUUUAAACAUUUUUAAAAUGCAUAACUGUAUAUUUUUGCUUUAAAAGUACUGUGCAAAAGUGAUGACUUCACAAUUAAUACUAGUUACCGCAUUGCCAACGUAUAAAUUAUUCUAUGUAAAUAGAAUGAUGAUGAUGUGAACAAAAAUCUCUCAACUAAAAGUUAAAAAAAUACGUUUUUGAUGCCUUCUUGUUUGUAAAGUUAAAAGCUAAAAAGAAAUUUAAAAAUCAAGAGUAAGACAAACAAAAAAAACAUUUUUUCCCCUCUAAUAUCUAAGUUAUCAUUGUGGCUCAGUUUGUAUGUUUAAGAAAGAUUUAAAUUUUUUUAAAAAGCUCUUUUUGUUUUUGUAGCAUCUGCUUACUGGAAUCGUUUAAGGCAGUGGUGAAGGACUUUUUUUUUUUUUUGGUGUAAAUAAUCCAAAUUCAAUAUUGAUAUUUAACUCUUAAGAACUGCACGUUUUGUACACUGUAUAAAAGCCACAGCUUCUUAUGGAGGCUGUUUAUACUGGAUCUUUAAAAUGAGCAAAUCGUGACAAUGUUGACCUUUUUUUUUUUUUUUGCUGCAUUGUUUGUACAGGACUUGAGAUUUCUGACGUAGGGUUAAGACAGCAGAUUCUGAACUUUUACUGAGAACAUGCCUGGAUCAUGUUUUGAUAACCAAUAACAAGACUAUACUUGGCUGGCUAUGAAGUUGACUGUUACAUUUAAGAACUUUCUUGGUUUGUUUUUGUUGAUUAGAACUUUUGAAUUGUCGAUUUCAUACACAGCAUUACAAGCACUACAGUGGAAAACACUGUGCUCACUGCUUAUAGCCUGUAAUGUUGAUGUAAAUACCGCAUUUUAGAACACUUCUUAUUAUUUUUUACCUGAAAUUUGUUUUCAGUUUUGAUGUGUGGUUUGGAUAUUUUGUUCACUAUCGAUCAUGUAGUGUUGCCUUUUUUCCCCCAGUGACCAAAAUCCAAUGUCUUAUGUGUAUCAUACACAUCAAUCGUAGUGUCAGGGACAAGUAAAUGUUUCUUAAUGCUGACACACUUUGUACAUAGAGACUUAUUAACGACACAGAAACCUCCACGUAACUCACAUGCACACUUAUACACUUGAUAAAAACUGUUUUUAUAUUGUCGAGGGGGGGAAUGAAUAUGGAUGCAUGUUUUCUUUUUUAAUGACACAUAUGUAAACACACACAAGGGCUUUUAAAGUGCAAAAUUUGAGAUCUGCAAAGAGGUGCAAUCAAAAAAAAAAAAAAAAAGACUGGAUUUCCUGCCAGAACUAGGCUAUGUUUACAUUUACUAUAGUAUUCUGAAGCCUUCCGAUUGUCUUGCACUCCCUCACACUUGUUUUUAACCAUUGUAUGGCAACUAACACUCCCCAGAUAUCCACUCCCAACAUUUCACUUCGUCUUAAGAUCAUCCUCCAGUUUCUAACUGCCAGUGCUCGAGCAUCGUAGACAAUCUUGUUCCACCUCAUUUCAUCUGGAAGCUGAGAUACUUGUGAAUCCUAACAUAUGCGGACUCUGGAAUAAGCUUUAUUUACCUGUUUUUUUGUUUGUUCGUUUUAAACUAUUUCAGCAAUGCUAAUUCUAGCAGAUAUGUACAGAUCUGCUUCAUUGCAUUUUAAGUUUUCUAAAUGUUUAUCAGACAUUGAUUAUCACACAUUUUACGGACAAACUUAUCAAAUCUGUAGCUUGAUCUUUUCUUUUUUUAAAGUGCCCAGUCUGUUUUUUGUUUUUGCAUUCAAGUUAUUAACAGAUCACUUAAAUGCAUGAUUGAUGAUCACAACUUGUAAUCAGAAGGAAUGAAUGUGUCAUCUCUCCUCAAGAUAAAAAAAAAGUUUCAUUAUUGACUAUUGAUUCUCAUAUCACUACACAGAUUUCGUCUAUAUGAUCUUAUGCAAUGUUAAAAAUGUACAAACUAAAUAUAAGGGUUAAGGGAUAGAUCUUUAUAGUCUUGCAUAAUUAAACCCAAUAAAAAGUUUCAUUCAUA